AUGUCUGAAUUUUUAUUAGACUCCUUUAUGGGUCGUACCAUAUAUCAUUUAUCUGGUAGAAGAUUAUUUUUACAUGAGGAAGAAAAACCAGGUUAUGUUAUACCUGAAAAGUAUUUAUUAACAUCAAAAACAGCCAAUGACACCAAUGAAAAAACUACAAGAGAUGUCGAAAAUCCUAAUGAAGAUAUUGAAAACCCUACAUCAGAUAAUACUUUAAGUAAAACUAAGAGUAAUAAUUCAUCAGAUACAACUGUUGCUUCAGAUUCAAAUGAAGCAGUCAAAGAAAAAGAUGAGAAAGAUGGGUAUAUCAUAGUUACUUUUGAAGAAAAUGACAAGACGAAUCCUUAUAAUUGGCCUUUCUAUUGGAAGGCUAUAAUGGCUUUUCAAAUUGCAUUUAUGACUACUUCUGUAUAUAUGGGAUCAGCAAUUUAUACUCCUGGUAUACUUGAUAUAAUGAAUAAAUUCGAAAUAGGUCAAAUAGUUGCAACAUUACCAUUAACUUUAUUUGUUGUUGGUUAUGGUAUAGGUCCAAUAUUUUUCAGUCCAUUAUCUGAAGAUAUUAGAAUUGGUAGAACUCCAUUAUAUAUUAUUUCAAUUUUCAUUUUUUGUAUGAUGCAAAUCCCCACAGCUUUAUCAACUAAUAUAGCAGGAUUAUGUAUAUUGAGAUUCAUAGCAGGCUUCUUUGCCAGCCCUUGUUUGAGCACUGGAGGGGCGUCUUUUGGGGAUUUGACAUUUGAAAAGACUGUUUUGAAGUAUCCACAUUCUGAUAUUAUGGACACCUCAAAACAGUCUUUUCACAUGAUUAAAGCGACGUGGGAAGUUUAG